CAAACUCAACAACCAACAAGCCCUUCAGUCCAGUUCAGUCCAGUCCAGUCCAAUCCAAGCCUCAUUCCAGCUCGACGCCUCACUCGGUCAACCCUUCACAUCCCAUCCCGCUCCACUACAAAGCAAAGAUGUCAUCCAACACCAAAAACCUCUACUACACCGUCCCUCUCGACGACGACCUCGAGUCCCAGGACUACCUCCAAGAGAAGCAAGCUGUGCCCUGGUUCAGCGUCCCCGUCCGAAGCGCGGCCGUUGCCGCUCCCUCUCGCUCUUCUCCCUUGUCUGCUUUGUGGAGACUACCUCAAAGAUGGUGGUCAAACGAUGAUAGCCAUCACCACCACAGCAGCAACACCAACGCUCGCGGUGACCGAGGUUUCUGGGGCCGCUGGAUCUGGCUCGUCCACGUCGUUCUUCUGACUGUUUCCAUGACGCUUUUUGCGCUGUCCAUGUGCACUUUGCAGCAAAGCGCGAGCGCGAGCGCAGCAGCGGCGGUUCAGUGUCAGUGUCAGGGGACUGCGGCGGCGGUGGCGGAGGGGGUGGAUGGUGCUGGUGCUUCGAGUUUUGUUCCUCGCUCUUUCUAUGAAGGAGAGGAGACGGCGACGAAGCCUGCUGUUGUGCUUCCUGUUCCGACUGUCGACAUUCCGGAAUCGCAACAUGUUGAUAUGGAGAUCUCGGUGGAUGAUAAGACUUGGGUGGAAGAUGAGGAGGAGUGAGGAGUGGGAUUGCGUUUCUGUGAAGAGGGCAGGUCUCUGGCUUGAUGCUGGAUGGAAGCUGAUGUCGGAGCAUAUCGUUUGAGUUGUAGUAUCUGGGUGAAGAAUUUAGCCAAUAUGAAUUCUCAUCGUUGGACGAGGAACGAACCGGCCAAACCGACUGCGCUAAACCGCAUUGGGGUCACUGUUCUUCUUCAACUG